GUCGCGUAGUUUAGUCAGUCGCGUCCCAAUGAAAACGAUGUUGAAAUUGCACAAUUAUCUACGAUAGAUCACGCCGCAGAUUAACGCAUCACGCUCGUCAUUUCGCUGCAACCUAUGUUGACUAACAUUGCGAAGAUAGACACCGCAUCUGCGAGGAAACUGAGCUCUGGGCAGGUUGUAGUGGAUCUCGCUGGCGCGGUGAAGGAGCUCCUGGAAAAUGCCCUGGAUGCCGGUGCGACGUCGAUCGAGUUGCGGAUCAACGAUGACGGGGGGGGCGCAGAGAUUGAGUGCGCGGAUAAUGGGCAUGGUAUCGCGCACCGCGUGGAAUCCAUCAGCGAGCUGCGCCAACGCAGCCAAGUCAAAAUCUGUAUAGCGCCGCGCGACUUUGCUCUCGUCGCCGCGCGGUCGGCGACGUCAAAGUUGGUUAACUUUGAGGAAUUACGGACUGUGCAGAGUUUUGGAUUUCGUGGCGAGGCGCUCGCUUCUCUGCGCGAGCUCGCGGGGGAAGUCCUCGUCGUCACGCGAACGUCUGCCGACGCCGUGGGCGCGCGUCUGAGCUUCCAGCGGGACGGUAUCCUUAAGAGCUCAACUCCGCACGCACGAAGUGUCGGCACGACUGUCACGGUGCGCGGGCUCUUCGAUUGUGCUCCUGUUCGUCGCGCUGAUCUUGCGCGGCGCUGGAAGUGGCACGUUAGUCGCGCACUUCGCACAGUCCAAGCGCACGCGCUCGUCGCCGUUGGUUGCCGCCUGCGACUCACCCUCGUCAGCGGCGGUGGCGCCACGCGGCGGACAGCAAUCGCCGUGCAAGCGCCGAGGUCGCUGCGCGAGAGCGCUUCAGCGCUCUUUGGACACGCGUUCGCCCGAUCGCUCGAGGAGGUCAGCUUCGAUCUUAGGGGAGGUGAGGACUGCUCCUUGGCUGUCAUUGGCCUCAUGUCGCGUGCUGGUGGCUUCGAUGCGCCAGGGCCGAGAGGCGGCGGGGGUGAUCGCCAGUUCCUCUUUGUCAACGGAAGGCCCAUUGACGCACCUCGCGUGUCUCGGUGCAUCGGCGAUGUGUGGCGGAGUGUCGAGGGCGAUCGGCGCGGUCGUCCAGCCUUCGUCCUUGACAUUCGCGUCCCUCCAAGCGCCGUAGACGUCAACGUUUCCCCAGACAAGCGUGAUGUCGUUCUGGACGACGAAACUGGGCGCGGCGCGGUGCCCUUACCGGCUACUUCAAAUUUGCUUGUUGCCGCACUGCGUAUCGCUCUCCAUGACCUCUGGGAGCCAUCGCGCGGGAGCUUUGCAGGUGGCAGGUCCCUCGCACCGCACGUCGCGCCGAGUACCACGCCCGAUACGGAAGCCCCCUGCUCCUUGGUGCUCCCCAUUGCGGUCCCAUCAUGUGUUACCAGCACUGCCACUGCCACAAAUGCUCCUGCGAGGGAAGCAAUGCUCGUUGUACCACCAACGCUGCGCCCGACGCAACGCAACAGCGACACGAUCGCGGUCGCGCAAGUCAUAGCGCUUUCCCCAUGGCAGGCCGCAAGAGCUCACAUUGAUUGGAACUGCGCCGUGGCACCAGCGCGGCUGCACGCUUCUUCGGUAUUCGGCACCCUCGCGGUGCAGUCGCGCUGUGGCCAUGGCCACCGGACCGUACAGAUUGAUCGACGUCCGGGCGGCAACGUGCCAACCGCAGCGCUAGCCAAGGCUGAUUUCAGUGCCAUGGAGGCGCUCGGUCAAUUUAAUCUUGGCUUUCUCGUGUGUCGCCUCGGCGAUCACCUGUUCCUCGUCGAUCAACACGCAGCGGACGAAAAAUUCCGCUAUGAGGCGCUCUGGCGCGACACUCGCGUUGACACACAGCCACUCCUGGCACCCCUCAGCCUCGACCUCGGUGCCACGGAGGAGCUAGCGCUUCUUGAGCGCCGAUGCACCGUGGAACGCGUUGGCUUCCGCCUCGCCGUCAAUGACCUCGCACCCCCGGGACGACGCGUCGCCGUCAUCUCGGCUUCGGCCCUUUCAGUGCUUUUUUGCGGCUCCGUUCGUCUACCUUCACCAAAUCAGAUAACACUUGUUUCUGGCUCGGGUCUGUAG